GGGGCGGAGCUGGGGAGCGGGUGGUCACGGCGUCUGCGGUUGGGUUUGUGUUGGGAGCUCAGCUAAUGCUGGCAGGCCUGAGUGGAGGUUGAUUCCAGGAAGAGGCGAGUCGCCGCAGCCCGGUAGUAUUUGCGGCCUGCACCACGGUAAGACCAUGAAUUAUGGCAUUUCUUAAAUGAAGCAUUCAGGAAUGAAGUGAAAGUCAUAACAAAUAGAAAAUAAGUGAUUUCUAAGUUAUGUCUAUUAAUUUGACUAUAGAUAUAUAUAUUUACCUCCUUAGUAAUUCACGAAGUCUUUGUGGGAAGCAGAAAAGCAAGCAACUACAUUUCUUGUGCUCACCUAAAUAUCACUGGAAAAUAAUCAGUAUACAAAGAGGUUUUCAUACAAGCAAAAUAAGAUGUAAAGGGACCAAAAGUGAAGCCUCUGCUUACAGUAAACACUGUUACUCUCCAAGCAACAAUGAUUUACACACCGGAAUUUUGAGACUCAGCACUUCUGCUCCCAAGGGACUUACAAAAGUGAGCAUUCGUAUGUCCCAUAUUAAAAGUACUUUAACCUCUGUUUCAAAGGCUCUUUUUGGAAAUCAGAAUGAAAUGAUCUCACAUUUAGCUCAAUUUAAGCGAAAUUCUAUAACAUUAAGAAAAGUGUCAGAUGGUCGCUGGUUAAAACAGAGAAACAUUAAACAAAUCAUCAAAUCUCUAAAAAAUUAUAGUGACAAAUCAACAGAAAAGAGUUCUGUUCCAGAAAAGCAAAGUCGCAUUAUAGAUAAAGACGAAAAUAUUGGUAAACAAAGUGUUUUUCAUUACACAAGUAGUAUAACCACAAAAUUUGGAGAGUCAUUCUACUUUUUAUCCAAUCAUAUUAAUUCAUACUUCAAACGUGAGGAAAAAAUGUCUCAAAAAAAGGAAAACAAACAUUUCCAGAAUAAAUCAAAACCUGAAGAUAAAAAGGUUGAAGAAGAGAAAUCUAGUUCUCCAGAUCCUGGUGUGCUGACUGAUAAGAAGCCAGACUCAGAAUUUUCUUCAUAUACUGUGGAUAAGCCUGAAAGUCCCAGUGGGACACCCGAGGUUCUUCCAGUUUCUACUAAACAAAGUAUUGCUAACUUCCUUUCUCGUCCCACUGAAGGUGUACAAGCUUUAGUAGGUGGUUAUAUUGGUGGACUUGUCCCUAAAUUAAAGUAUGAUUCAAAGAGCCAGUCAGAAGAACAGGAAGAAGUCACCAAAGCUGAGCAGGCUGUCAGCAAAGAUAAAAAUGUAGAGGAGAAAAAGCGUUUAUCUCUUCAGCGAGAAAAGAUUAUUGCAAGAGUGAGUAUUGAUAACAGAACCCGGGCAUUAGUUCAGGCGUUAAGAAGAACAAGUGACCCAAAACUUUGCAUUAAUAGGGUUGAAGAAUUGACUUUUCAUCUUCUAGAAUUUCCUGAAGGAAAAGGAGUGGCUGUCAAGGAGAAAAUUAUUCCAUAUUUAUUACGAUUGAGGCAAAUUAAGGAUGAAACUCUUCAGGCUGCAGUUAGAGAAAUUUUGGCUUUAAUUGGCUAUGUGGAUCCAGUGAAAGGAAGAGGAAUUCGAAUUCUUACAAUUGAUGGUGGAGGAACAAGGGGUUUGAUUGCUCUUCAGACACUGCGAAAAUUAGUUGAAUUAACUCAGAAGCCAGUUCACCAGCUGUUUGAUUACAUCUGUGGUGUCAGCACAGGUGCUAUAUUAGCAUUCAUGUUGGGAUUAUUUCAUAUGCCCCUGGAUGAAUGUGAGGAACUUUAUCGAAAAUUAGGAACAGAUGUGUUUUCACAAAAUGUCAUCGUUGGAACAGUGAAAAUGAGUUGGAGCCAUGCAUUUUAUGACAGUCAAACAUGGGAAAAUAUUCUUAAGGAUAGAAUGGGAUCUUCACUAAUGAUUGAAACAGCAAGAAACCCCACAUGUCCUAAGGUAGCUGCAGUAAGUACCAUAGUAAACAGAGGGAUAACACCAAAAGCUUUUGUGUUCAGAAACUAUGGUCAUUUUCCUGGAGUCAACUCUCACUAUUUGGGAGGCUGUCAGUACAAAAUGUGGCAGGCCAUUAGAGCCUCAUCUGCUGCUCCAGGCUACUUUGCAGAAUAUGCACUGGGAAAUGAUCUCCAUCAGGAUGGAGGUUUGCUUCUGAAUAAUCCUUCAGCAUUAGCAAUGCACGAGUGUAAAUGUCUUUGGCCAGACGUCCCAUUAGAGUGUAUAGUGUCCCUAGGCACUGGACGUUACGAGAGUGAUGUAAGAAACACCAUGACAUAUACAAGCUUGAAAACUAAACUGUCUAAUGUUAUCAACAGUGCUACAGAUACGGAAGAAGUCCAUGUAAUGCUUGAUGGUCUGUUACCUCCUGACACCUAUUUUAGAUUCAAUCCUGUAAUGUGUGAAAAUAUACCUCUAGAUGAAAGCCGGAAUGAAAAGCUGGAUCAGCUGCAGUUGGAAGGGUUGAGAUACAUAGAAAGAAACGAAGAAAAAAUGAAAAAACUUGCAAAAAUAUUAAGUCAAGAAAAAACAACUCUGCAGAAAAUUAAUGAUUGGAUAAAACUAAAAACUGACAUGUAUGAAGGCCUUCCAUUCUUUUCAAAAUUGUGAUGAGUGUUUGUGUAUAUUCCCAUAAUGAAGGCCUGUUCCGAAGAUCCACCAAAUUCAGUGAGGAAUCGUGGGGUUCAACAUUAGUUAACUUUGAAAUAUUUAUGAAUUCUUGGGGAUCCCCAAAAAGACGGGGCUUGGGCCAGCUUGCACAGCACAGGGGGUAUACCUGGUUUCAGAAUAUAUAAGGAAAUUAGGUUUUUAUGGUGUUAAUAAUUAACUGUGCAUUAGGAAUCUUACUGUUGUGUUAGUUGGUUGUAGUAAAUAUUGGUGUUAUAUUGUUUGAUGUUUGAAAAUUUAUUAAUAUAUGUGCCAAACAAGAACUAAAAAAUAUCAUACUUGAUAUUUCUUCUGUAGUCACCAUAAUCAUGUUGAAUUUACUUGAUCAUUGAUUUUCUUCUAUGUGGAAAAAGCUAAUUACUUAAAUUUAUAUCACAUGUUUUUAUCAGCUACAUUCUACAAUCUAAAUGUUGCCUUUUGCUGUAAUAUCAUUUAAACAUACAGAAAAUUGGAAUUUUCUUUGUCAGAGCACUUUUACAUUGAAAAUAUGAAAGAAUCAGAUACAGUUUUCUAUUCCAACUUAUUUCAACAUCGUUUGACUAAAAAUUAAAAGUUAUAGGAGAGAUUUCAGUCAAUCGCUUUCUGCCCUUAAAAUGUCAGUGUAAUUGUGUAUGUUAACUUUUCUAGUGUUAGCUUAUUAUUCACUGUUACAAAAUUAUUUGAAUUUAUUAAGAAAAUAUUCCUAUCAAUAACAAGAAUAAACUAUUGAAAUAAUUUAUUAUUAAAAGGCUAAUGUCAUUUUAAGAUUGUCUGUUGUGUGUAACGUAGCUCCCCAUCUCUUUGUGGCAUUUGAAUAUACCAGUUAACAGUAGUAUGCACUAAAAAAUGUUAGUCUUUUUUUUGCCAUAUUAACUCCUUUAACUGUCUAGAUUUCAUAGAAAUUAAUAACAUAUACCAACUCAAAUCAUUGUUUAUGCCAACCAAAUUCAUCUCUGUUGGAUUAUCUAUCUGCCUUGUUAAUCAUGUUUAGAUUUGUGAAGAAAAUGAAAAAGGUAAGUGCCCUUUGCUUUGUACAUAUAAACUAAAGCUAACGACUUCUGUCACCCAGACUGUCGCGUUGCUUCUUUGCAACACUGGUUUAUAGAGUGUGAUGCGGUUUGGUGAGUGCUGAGGGGAGCUGGGAGUCUGAAUGCUAAUCCCACCUUCACUGCAGAGUCCUAUUUGUGACCUGACAGAGGGCAGAAACCUUUCUGAGGUUCAGAUACUUCAUUUGUAAAAUUAGGACAGCUAGCUCUAAAAUAUUAAAAUAUUAUUUACAUUUCUUUAUAGCAACCUAAAAACUAAUCUGUAACUGUAUAAGCAAAAUAUAGGAAGAGAUAUGAACAUGAAUUUUCAGUACAACAUAGGUAAAAUGUGUUUUUUUAGAAGUAAAAAAGAAUAUUUUAGAAAUAAAAUGUAAUAAAUUCUCCAACUCAUCAGUUCUGUAAAAUAUAGAGAAUAAGAAGUACAGGUGGGCAGUUACAGAAUAGCCAUGGGGAUCUAAAAUAACAGUAUAGGAAAUGGAAUAGCCAAAGAAAUUACACGCAUGACCCAUGGACAUGAACAAUGGUGAGAGCAUUGCUGAGGGAAUGAGGGGGUGCUGGGUAGAGA